ACGGAAUUGCUGCUUCCGGUUAGACAUGCGCCUUAUGUCAUGUGAAAAAGGUGUUUUGGUUCAGGCUGGGCUACUGCUGUCAAAAAGCAAAUUAUUAUCUUCGAAAAAAGACUGUAGCUGGUUCUUUGAUUAAUUACUGGUUGAUUGGAACAAACCUUGCUGUUGUCAUGGAUUUUACCAUGACGGCCAACAAUUAGCUUGCAGUCCACCAUGGAAGACACUGUCAGUCAAGGCUCACUGGACUCGGCUACUGGAGAGGAGUAUGUGGUUGUUAAUGCUGAUCCCAAGCUAAAAAUACCUGGGAACGGUUGCAUAGACGAUUUGGAAGAAAAACUUAGUGAGGUAUUAAAGGAUGACAAUAUGAGUGGAUCAAAGGAAAAAGAAGGAAUUAAAAAUGACGAUCUCACCACCAGUGGAGAUACCAUUACAGAUGAAUCUCCAGAUAGCACACGGGGUGAAGGAGAAAUUGAAAUGUCGAAAGUUGAAGCAGAUGACAAGGGCACAGAGCUGCCCUCUGUUGGAGAGGUUGAUAUCCCUCGAAAUAUUCCAACUACAGAAGAAAGGAAAACAAUAGGUGACAGCACAUUCUUCAGCUGUGCAGUAAAUAGACCAAGAGGAGCAACAAACAUGAGGGACUCAGAGGCUUCAAAUUUUGGCGAUCCUUGUGAACUGAUUACCAAGUCUCAGACCGGAGUUAUGAAUACUGCUGGCUGUGAGGAAUCUUGGCGUCUCCGUUCCGCCUCUCUUCCUAACACCCCAGAUCUCCCAGAGGGCCAGUACACUUUCUUCAGCAAUGUCACGUACCUGGGGUCUGCGUCCAUUAACGCACCAAGGAGUGAGGCAGAAAUCAAUCGUAAUAUGGAGAUCCUGAAUGAGCAUUCACAACUGUCUAUCCCGAUCACUUUGGCUGUGCCCAGUAACUCUGAAGGGUUGGUCAGAUUAUUAGAGCCAAGCACUAACAGCGAGAUUGCCACAUUCAAAGUACAUCGCAUUCUGUUCUGUGCACGCGGUGCCGUGGAGACAAAUGAACGCAAGUGCUUUGCCUUCACCUGCAGUCACGGAGACUCUGCUGACGCUGUGCUGUUCCAAUGCCAUGUGUUUAGAUGUGAAAUACAAGAUGCUGUGGGCAAGAUCCUGUAUUGCUUUGCCACCUCAUUCAGGAAGAUCCCACGCCAUUCAUUCAGCGCAGGAUCGCUCUCCAGUAUCACUGAGGACAGCAACUUCCACUUUGACGUCUUCAUGGAGGUGAAGGAAGAAGAUGGGAAGGGGAACUUCUCCGCCUGUCCCAAGGAUAAAAAUGCCUUCAAGCUGAGAGUUAACCUAGAGAAGAAAAUAUCUGUGACCAUGCAGCAGACGUCUAACAAGGAGCUGAAGAUUGAGAG